AUGUGGGCCGUGCUGCUGCUGGCGGCGCUGGGUGCGCUGGCCCUGGGGCUGGUGGCCCGCCGGCUGGUGGCCCCCGGGCGCAACCCCUUCGCCGAGCCGCCCCCGGGGGCCCCGGGGCCGCUGGUGACGGAGCAGCGGGCCAGGGACAAGGUGCUGAAGCAGGGGUUCAGCGCGAGCCGGGUGCCGCGGGAGCUGGACGCGGUGGUGAUCGGCAGCGGCAUGGGGGGCCUGGCGGCGGCGGGCUCCCUGGCCAAGGCGGGCAAGAGGGUGCUGGUGCUGGAGCAGCACGACCAGGCCGGCGGCUGCUGCCACACUUUCGAGGAGCGCGGCAGCGAGUUCGACGUGGGCAUCCACUACGUGGGGCAGAUGCACGAGGGCAGCAUGCUGCGCGUGGCGCUGGACCAGCUCACGGACGGGCAGCUGGCCUGGCAGCGCCUGGCCGACCCCUACGACGUGGUGUGCUUGGGCGCCCGGCAGUACCAGCUCCGUGCCGGCAAGGCCGCCUUCGCCGCCGCGCUUGAGGAGCAAUUCCCUGCCGAGAAGAAGGCCAUCCGGGAGUUCAUGCGGCUCUCCAAGCUGGCCGCCAGGCGCGUGGCCCUGCUGGCGGUGUUGAAGAUGGUGCCGCUGUGGCUGGUGACCUUCCUCGUCCGCACCGGCCUCAUCUACUGGAUCUCGCCCAUCUUCCGCAUGGCGGCCACCAGCCACAGCGAGGCCGUGGCCCGGCUGACGGCCGACGGCGACCUCCGGGCUCUGCUCAGCUACCUCUUCUACGGCACGGCGCCGCGGGACUCCAGCUUCCUCAUCAACGUCCUCAUGGUGCACCACUACCAGCGGGGCGCCUGGUACCCGCGCGGCGGGGCCAGCGAGAUCGCCUUCCACGCCGUGCCCGUCAUCGCCCGCGCCGGCGGCGCCGUGCUCGUGCGCGCCCCCGUCACCCGCAUCCUCGUCUCGCCGGCCGGCGCCGCCGUGGGGGUGGCCGUGCGGAAGGGGCCGAGCGAGGAGGAGGUGGAGAUCUUCGCGCCCGUCGUCAUCUCCGACGCCGGCGUCUUCAACACCUUCGGCCAGCUGCUGCCACCGGAGCUGCGGAGCCACCCGGGCGUCCGCUCCCGCCUGGACAUGGUGCGGCACGGCAUGGGCUCCUUCCUGGUGUUCGUGGGGCUGCGGGGCACCGCGGCCGAGCUGGCCUUGCCCUCCACCAACUUCUGGAUCUACCCCCACAACGACCUGGACAGGAUGAUGAGCCGUUACGCCGCCCUGAGCCGCGAGGACGUCCCCGACAACCUGGCCAUGAUGUUCAUCACCUUCCCCUCGGCCAAGGACCCCACGUACCAGGAGAGGCACCCAGGGCGCUCGUGCAUGACCCUCCUGACCAUGGCGCGGUACGAGUGGUUCGAGGAGUGGGCCGGGACCCGCGCCAAGCACCGGGGCGCCGGCUACCAGCAGUACAAGAUGGCCAUCGCCCAGCGCCUGCUGGAGAGGGCCCUGGAGCGCUUCCCCCAGCUCCGCGACAAGGUGGAGUUCGUGGAGGCCGCCUCGCCGCUCACCAACCAGCACUACCUGGCGGCCCCGCGCGGCGAGAUGUACGGGGCCGAGCACGACGUGGGCCGCUUCGCCCCGGCCGUGGUGGCCGCCAUGCGAGCCGAGACGCCCGUGAGGAACCUCUACCUGACGGGGCAGGACGUGUUCAGCUGCGGGCUGGCGGGCGCCCUGCACGGCGGGCUGCUCUGCGCCUCCGCCGUCCUCGGCCGCCUCCUCUACCUGGACCUGCUGCUCCUCAAGAAGAAGAUCAAGUGGCGCCGGGGCCGCAAAGCGGCUUGAGCCGGGCACGGUGCCCGAGGGUGCUCGGCGGCCCCGGCCGCCUGGCUCCAGCAGAAAUCGCUCCGAAUUCAAUAAACCGGGAAGCCCCAA